AGUCCGAGUCAGGCCUUUAUAAAGAAGCGAGGCCGUAUCCACUUCCUCUUUACUGCGUGCGCCUGAACGUUACAGGCACUUCUAAGUCGCCAUGCCUGUUGCCAGGAGUUGGGUUUGUCGUAAGACUUAUGUCACCCCACGCCGUCCUUUCGAGAAGUCCCGUCUCGACCAGGAGCUGAAGCUCAUUGGUGAGUAUGGACUGAGGAACAAGCGUGAAGUGUGGAGGGUCAAGUUCACCCUGGCCAAAAUCCGUAAGGCUGCCAGAGAGCUGCUCACUCUGGAUGAGAAGGACCCCAAACGUCUCUUUGAAGGUAAUGCCUUGCUGAGACGUCUGGUGAGGAUCGGUGUGCUUGAUGAGGGCAAGAUGAAGCUGGAUUACAUCCUGGGUCUGAAAGUGGAAGACUUCUUGGAGAGGAGGCUGCAGACACAGGUUUUCAAACUUGGUCUUGCCAAAAGUAUCCACCAUGCCCGCGUCCUGAUUCGCCAAAGGCAUAUUCGCGUCCGCAAACAGGUGGUGAACAUUCCCUCAUUUGUGGUUCGCCUGGACAGCCAGAAGCACAUUGACUUCUCCCUCAGGUCCCCGUACGGUGGUGGACGCCCCGGACGUGUGAAGAGAAAGAACGCCAAGAAGGGCCAGGGCGGAGCUGGAGGAGCUGACGAUGAGGAGGAAGAUUAAGAAGGAAAUCUUCAAUGUGGUGUUUAACGCUGCUUAAAAGUUUUCAAUAAAAUCUGAAACUGA